AUGACCAUCGACACGGCCUCGUUUGCUCUGCGCCUCGAUCUUAUCGUGAACGACUCCAUCCACGACGAUAAAGUCGUUGCGGCGUACGCCGCCCCGGGCUCGUACCUCAAGGCCUGCGUCCUCCGCACGGUCAUGGUCGUGGUCAUGGUCAUCAUUGCCACCAUCUGGAAGGACCACUUCAGCGACCUCUUGGACUUUGUCGGUGCCUCCUCGACGGCGCUCAGCUGCAUGAUUUUGCCGAUCGUCUUUUACCUCAAGACGUUCCGCACGACGCUCGGCGUGCCCGAGAAGGCGUUUGCGAUCCUCUGCGUCCUCGUCACGUCGGCCCUCGCCGUCUAUGUGACCUACACGACGGGCAAGAACCUCUUUGCGCCGUCGGCGGGCGACUCGUCGAUCCAGUUCCCGUACUGCCCGGCCGAGUACCAAAAGAUGGUCUACACCAACACGACAUACUACAAGCACUAAGUCGUCGUCUGUCUCCCUUUGUAAGUAUAAACUCUU